CUCUUCAACCCGCGGGAUCGGGUGGAGACCAUUGGCGACAAUGCCUGGCACCUUCGAGUGGAGGUUGUGCCGGAGGACCAGGAGGACCUGGAGCAGCAGGGCGUGCUGCACGUGCACUGCCUCCAGGUCGCAGAGGAGCCAAACAACCAGCGCCCCUUUGCCUUCUCCGACCCUUUUAUCAUGCGCCUGGGCCCAGAGGAGACGGUGGGGGAGCUGAGGCAACGCGUGCAAGAGAAGCUGGGGGUGCCAGACGAGGAGUUUGCGCCCAGCUGGAAGCCGGUGCUGUGCACGUUUGGUGGUGCCGAGUUGCUGGCUGAUGAUGUCGUGGUUGCCAGCAGGCUGGACAGCCAGAAGCUGUACGGCCACCAAGAGCGCAACUGCAUCGGGUUUGUGCGGGAGAACAAGAACCCACGCCGCACGCACGCACACCUCAACAGCAGGCUGGCGGCCUGGCAAGGCCAGGAAAAGCAGUUGCGCAUCAGGAGCUGA